AUAAUAUUAGUUAUAUCAUUAAACAUUCAUCAGUCAAACCAGAAGCAUCUACUAGAAAUCAGUCAUGCUUAAGCUCGUGUCAGCAUUGUUUUUCACCCUUUUCAUCGGAUCAGCCUCGGCUCAAUGCUGUCAAAAGAAAACUGUGUCAGGCCAUGAGAAUUCUACGAUGGAUGGUGAAUACCGUCUGACAAAUUAUACAGUUGAUGAUCGUUGCAAGGACGACUGUAUUUACUUCAAGUUCACUGAAAACCCAGAUGUCGAGAAACUAUUCUGCUUUAAAGCUGUUCCACUGACUGAGGCUCCAACAGUAGAUUGCGGGACGAUAAGUGAAUCGGAAAUCAACGCAGCUAAGGAGGAGUUGGCUGCAGCAACUGCAGCUGAGGAAGCACUACAAGCGAUAUUAGCACUAAUCGCAAGUUUGAGAAGAAUGAAAAGAUCAGCCUUAACAACAAUACCUGACUCACAAGUGUGUGAUAAAAUUGUUGAAUUAAUGGACACAGCAGCAACAAAAGAUGACAUAAAAGUAAAACUUCCAAUACUAUUAAAAAUAAAAGCUCUGCUUGAAAGAGGAGUAGACUGUUCAUCAAUAAAGCAAGCGUUACAAACCAAAGUAGCUGCAGAAAAAACUAAGGUUGCUGCAGUCAAGGCAAAAGCUGCUGCAUUAGUUCCACCACCACCCACAACAAAAGCCCCAACUAAAACAUCUAAAGCUGCCACAACAACUGAAGCU